CAAAAGUCAUGGAUCAGGCGUUUAGAGUUUUAACAGCACCGUUUCAAUGUGAUGCAUACUUAACCGUGCUUGUCAGUAACAAUAUGUUCAUCGACAAGAAACGGGAAACCAGUGUUUAAAACAUCCAACGUUAAUCUCGCUGACUAGCUGGGUAUCAGAAAUGGAUCAGAAAAUCGGCCUGCUUUGUUACAAUAACCAAAACUAAGAUUGGCCGUUUUGAUGAUCCGUCACGAAACUGCGUGGGUGGACGUAAGAAAAACGCUACUUUAAACUGCAAGGCUGAAGUCCAUUUCCUCAAGAAGAAAUUGUUGCGCAGUUUUUUUAUGUGGACUUGUCUGCUUAUUUUUCUCCUUUGCGACCGAACAUCAAACAUAUUUCUGUCACUAACACAAAUUAACAAAGCGACCGCAAAGAGAUGGCGAAGGACUGUGUGGGCGAGAGUGACGGGCUGACCUUCUGGCUGGCGCGAUCUGAGGAUUACGAUGACGUCAUGGCCAUCUCGGAGGACAUAUACUGGGGCAACGACUAUUUGCCCCAUCGCUACCACGCCUGGUUAACCGAGCCUCAGAGGGUGGUGAUGCUGGCGAAGAGAGAGGGGAAGCUGGUGGCGCUGGAGUCGGGGCUGGUGGUGGACGAUGGCCGCACUGUUGUCGUGGAGGGGUUGCGGGUGUGCCCGAGCGAAAGGGGAAAGGGUGUGGCAGGGACCGUUCAGAGGUUCACAGAUCAGUACAUACAGCGCCUGUACCCAAGCAUCCAGGUCAAGCGGUUAACCAGGGGUGACAACUCAGGGCCGCAGAAGCUGGCCAAGUUCACUCUGCUGGACAGGAGGGCAGUUCUCUCGCUUCGGGGCGAGUCGGUUACUUUUGACGCCUUCCUCUCGGAACUGAAGACCAAACUGAGCGUCAAAGAAGGACCUGCGCCAGAACUGGUGGUCCUGGACGAAGGGGAGCAGCUGAGGGGUGUGCUGCUGGACCCCGAAAUUACCUCCCGCCUCCAGCUCCCCGGUGGCGCAGUCAUCCAGGACUGGCAGCCGCUUCGGCCGAUCGAGAGCAACCUGGAGGUCCUGCGGAGGCGGGGCCUCACCUGGUUGGCUGACAGGGCAGCGAGCCCCACCUUCCUCAGCUUCCACACCCCUCCCUACCCGAUCCCGUACAACGGGGGGUCGCUGCGCCUCAACAUCGACCUGUUCGGAACCGGCCUGGCGCCUGCCCGCCGGGCGCUCCUGUCCCACCUGGAGAGGGUGAGGGGUGGACUGGUGGGGAUGGUGUUGGUGCACGUGUACAUGCACCGGUCGCUGUGGGAGGGGCUGAGGGACUUCUGCGAGGUGAGCACGGGGGUGUGCAGGUGCAGGGACUACUGGGAGCAGCUCUUCCUGGAGAGGGAGCUGUGAGGGAAGCCACUUUACUCAUGCGAACCUCCUCAGCAAGAGCGAGAGGGGAGGCACAGACAGGGAGGCCCUCAGAGAAGCAGCCUACAUGACUACAUUAUCAUAUGUAAACUAAAUGUAGUAUCAAUACCAUUCUGAAGUAUACAUUUCAGGAUAGAAAUUCAUUUCUUUAUAUAUCAGAAUACGCUUUGUUGAGAAACUGUGUUUCAUGACCAUGACCAUGAAGGCCACUUAAUUCAAAGUGUACCUAUGGACAGAAAACAUAUUUGUCCUGUAUAAUCACAUACAGUGUCAUAAGCAGAGAAAGAGGAUUGUUUCCAUUAGAUUCCUUAUCUGGGAAAAGAAGAGGGUGCAUAUAUUGUCAGAAUAAUGUGCACAUAAGAAUUAGUUCCAUGUCUGAAGCGUAUUCUUAUGAACGACAUGGAAACAAGUUGAUGUGAAUAUGAACCAGUUGAUGUGAAUAUGAUUUGUUUAAAAACAAAACUAUUUUGCAAAGAUAAUCUGGUAGUUUUAAUUGUGAGAUUUUAAUAUAUAAUAAUAUAAUAAUCAGCUCACUAUGCAAAAAAGUGAUCAUUAAUCAACAGAACAUAUGUGUGGAGACUAUGAAUUGUGUUACCUGCUUUCCUUACUGAUUAGUGUGCUAAACGGAGUGUUUAAAUCCUGAUGCAGUGACAUCCUGUGGAUUCGCCCCGAUGAAAUCAACAAUACAUUGAAUCGGAAUAACACAAAUGCAUCAGAUGAAUUGUACUGAAAUGAAUGGAAUGACAAACAAAAGAAUAAAACAUUAUUCAUACUCUGUAACAGAGAGCA